UUGUGCGAGCGUCGUCACACAAUUAUUGUUCCUUGCACAGAAAUAGAAAGGGUUUUUGGCUUUUACAGGGUCGAGUACCGGAGUGAUGAUACCCCCAUACUCUAAACCCUAACCCAUCGUCAUCCAAUCUCGAUUCCAGUUCCAUUGUACUACUUAUAUAUAUCUAUAGUUAUCGGUAUUAAUUAGUUUGUUUGCUGCGUUUUCGUUCCCGUCAUUUUCAGCUCCUCACUGCAUGGAUUACAAAGCAGAUGACCUGCCUAAAACCCUAAUAACGACAAGUUGGCACCAGAACUCCCUUGGGCAAGGCCCUUUGGACCCACCCCAAGGUACAAACUGGGGAUGCUGCAGCCGACCCCACAGUUACAGCACCAGGCACAAGUGCCCAGCAUGCUUCAAGCAGUAUAAAAAGAAGGAGCAUCUCAUUGAACACAUGAAAGCCUCUUACCACUCUGUACAUCAGCCUAAAUGUGGGGUGUGCCAAAAGCAUUGUAAAUCCUUUGAGUCACUUAGGGAGCAUAUAACUGGUCCAUUACCCAAAGCAAAUUGUUCAAGGAUCUAUGCUGACAGAGGUUGCAAUCUUUGCAUGAAAAUCUUUGACAGCCCUGAUUCUCUUAAUGGACAUAAAGAGAUUUGUUGCCUGCCUGCCCCUGCUCCCCUUGGAGCAGUAAUAACGCCCUUUCCUGAAUCUGAAGUUGAUAUUCCAACCUUGAACAAUGGAAAAUAUGGUGGAAGAGGUCCUGAAGCCGUUGCCAUAGAUUGUGAAAUGGUUGGUGGUGGAAGUGAUGGGUCACUUGAUCUUUGUGCUAGGGUAUGCCUUAUUGAUGAAGAUGAAAAUCUCAUUUUCCAUACUUAUGUGCAACCUCAAAUUCCUGUCACUAACUACAGAUGUGAAAUAACAGGCAUAACAGAAGAGCAUCUAAAGAAUGCCAUCCCGCUCAAGGAAGUGCAAGAAAGACUUCUACAAAUCUUGUACAAUGGAGAGUCCAUUGGGAGAAUACGAUUGGAUGGUGGAAAGGGUAGGCUUCUUGUAGGUCAUGGUCUAGAGCAUGAUUUGGAUUGCUUGAGAAUGAAUUAUCCUGAUCACCUGCUAAGGGAUACUGCAAACUAUCGUCCACUAAUGAAAACAAAUUUGGUCAGCCACUCACUCAAAUAUCUCACUCAGUCAUAUCUAGGGUAUGAUAUCCAGUCCGGGGUGCAUGAUCCAUUUGAAGAUUGUGUAUCUGUAAUGAGACUGUACAAGAGAAUGCGUGCUCAAGAUCAUGGCUUGGAAGGAAUCGGAACAUCUCCUGCUACUUCCAAUACCCGAAGUAUGUUUACCAACAGUUUCGAUUCUUGGAAAUCCAAGGAACUCGAGAAUAUGACCCCAGAUAAGCUUUUCGAGAUAUCCAGCUCAAACUAUAGGUGUUGGUGUCUGGAUUUGAGGCAAGAAUUGCAGAAUUGAUAACCGAUACUCCCCUUCAUCUGUGAAAUCACUAUUUUUAGGGGAAAUGGUGAGGUUGAUUUCUUCAUUUAUAUUCAUCAAAGUCGUAUGAAAUCACUAUUUUCUUCCGGACUGUUUGUUUGAAGUAGUUAACAACAUUGAGCUUUGUUUUAAUGUCACCAGGGUAUAUAUAUACAUACAUACAUCUAUAUAUAUAUAUAUAUAUAUAGAUAUAUAUAUUUGUCGAGCACUCUAUAGUAGUCCAUGAUCGGAUAUCGCAGUCCGUCCAUUUACUUAGAUUAGAAGUAAGUUUUUUGACCUACAUGUGCCAAACUAUAGCUUCAUGCUGAUUGAUCUUGAUGGAGACACCCUUACCUUCUAAGAAUCCAAGUUUGUGCUCACCAAAUCCACUCAUUGAGUGAUUUGUGGACUAAUACCUCUGGUUAUUUUUAGCUGCAAAUGGUCUUAUAACAUUUGUUGAUAUUUUCAUCUUGCCCUUUUUGCUUCUUAUUUGACACGAUCACAUCAACAAA